AUGGCGAGAUAUGGCACAGCUGUCAAUCAAAAUGACUGUCCAACAGUCAAAAUAAAUUUGACACAAUGCGAUUUAACUAGUCGUGAAAGCAAGGUUAAAAAUAGAAUUUCAGAUUUAUCAGAAAUUUUGCCAACUUUAAUUCCUAAUGGCUUUUUUACUAAUAAUAAUACUGAGUGGAAUAAUACCGAGUGGAGAGAGCCAGAUGAAGAAAAUAAAGAGAAUGAAGAUAAGUUUGCAGAGCAUUAUAAUGCUGCUAAAUCUAAAUUUAUACCAAGGUUGUGCUCUUUUCUUUAUGAUCUUAAUCGUGAUUUAGAUCCAAUAGCUCGUGUUAAGAGUGGAUCCAUGAUUCGUGUUCAAGUUGAAUCAAUUAAAAGACGAAAAUCAGAGACAUCUGGUGGUGGAAAGCGAAAACUACCUGCUACUAUCAGUAAAGGAAAGGAAAUUUUGGAACCUCAGGUCAAGUAA